GCGUGACUAAACUUACACAUCUUACUGUCGGUUUUAAAUCGAAAGUGCAUUAAUUUUAACAUCUCGGAAGUAUGUCUGGAAACAACAGUUCCCGGUGGAGUAAUGAGACCGACCUUAUCCCGGUCAGUCUCCCGGGGUCCGUCCUGAUUUGUACUAUUGUCAGCAGUUCUUUGUCCAUAUUCGGAGCAGUGCUCAUCUUUGUGACUUAUUGUAUUGUGACCGUGGCCAAAAACCAGACGAGGCGGCUACUCGUGUACCUUACUAUAGCUGAUCUACUGACGGCCGUGGGGAAUCUUAUGGGCGCCGUCAGGUACACGUUAAGAGAUGAAUCGGAAUACAUCAACAAACGUGAUCAAAUGGCUGUAAACUGCACCAAUACAGACCAGAUCUGCGUUAUACAGAGUUCCAUUACUACGUUCUCGUCGCUGGCUUCUUUCUUCUGGACCAAUAUCAUUAUGGUUCAUAUUCUCAUGACUUUAAUUUCACAAAGAGAAUGGUCAAGAUUUUUCAUUAAAGUCUUAUAUCAUCUUGUGUCAUGGGGAGUACCGUUGGUUAUAACUUUCCUGGCGGCCUCAAUGCAGGCUCUAGGCGAAGACUUCUCGAUCAGCAGCGGCCCCUGGUGUUGGAUCAAGGGAUGUCUAAAACCCGGAGAGGUCAUUUUCUGGAUGACAUUUACCGGGAAAGGCUGGGAAAUCCUUACUUACUUUCUCACCAUGACUUUCUACAUCCUUAUGAAGUUUUACAUGAUCAAAAAGAAAAUGCGAUUCAAAGACCGGAGUCAAAACCACCUCCGCGAAGAGGAUGAGCUCUACAUCAUGAUUUUCUUUGUCAUUGUCAUUCUCCGAGUGGUCGGCACCGCCCGGUAUUUCAUGGCCGUCACGAAGGCAAUAGACGACAACUUGCUUCACAGCUUUGGUCAGACAGACAUGGUUCUUCUUCAUAUUCAGAGUGUUGGUGAUAGCGCGCAGGCCUUCUGCAACUGCAUCCUGUUCUGUGUGAGAGACACUGACGUCAGACGGGAAUUAUGGAAGCGAAUCUGUGCCUGUCGUCUGUCACCUGAUGAAAGAAGACCUUUGGUUACAGAGGUCAAUAGCGAAGUAAAUUAAAAUAUCUAUUAGUUAACCUUACAAAAUUAUAUAUGG